AUGGUGUACAAUUCGUUGACGGAGGCUCCUCGCAACCUCAAGGAGGGCAUUGACUGGCUGAUGGCCGUGAAGGGAACUAAUAUUAUGAAAACCUCGAAGGCUAUGGGCGCCGCACUUCACAAAUUCCUCGGAAUUGUUAAACUUAUUUCCAUGGAGUUUUUGGAGCAAGAGGAGCUUAAGGACCAGAAAUUCGUAAAAAAAGUGCUGGAGAUGAUCAAUGGGUCCACGGAUAGAAAACCCGGAGAUUUCGCUAAAACCAUGGGGAGCAAUCCUGAUGCCGUCGCACAGAACUUACGUUAUGUUGUGGAUGGGUGUGAGAAGUUCUUGAACCAUAUCAAAAACCCUGACCAGUAUAAAUCCGCUUACAGCCCAGAAGUGACGUGGGAUGCGUCGUGUUCGGCAAGCCCGGAAGAUUGCGCAGCGGUCUUCGUGGGAAUGGCCCCAAUGUUAUACGCAGGCUUACUAUCUUUGUGGGAUGCGGGCCGUAGUAACCCCUUGAAAUGGCUGAAGCGUAACAAGAAGAGUCUGGCAGAGGUUUUGAAAGCCGUGGGCUACGAUGAGCCGGAAUGCCGCACUCCCAUAACUGCGUCAAAUGUAAUCAAUUCGUUGAGGAAUGUGGAUAAAGAGUCAUUGGACAGGCUCUACAAUCUAGCCGGAUUCUAG